CGCGUCUUUCAGGCAGCAGAUCUUACGACUCGACCAACACUUCGACACGUCUGACCUGCUCGCUUCGUCGAAGCGCACCCUUACUCGGCGUACAAGCCAUUUCAGCGCCGUGUUCGCUCCAUCGGCAUUCUUUGCGCUCAUUCAAUCGGCCAAGUAGCUCUCAACUCCCCGUUCGAAUCCGAAAAUGGCCCAAAUACGGAUCCCGAUAGACGUUUUGACGUCGCGCCUGAACCUUGGGGACCGCUUUGCCAGCAUGCGCUCAGGGUCGCUCUCCAGCCGCUUCUCCAACCUGCGGCCGAUCUCCGAGUUCCUGGACGUCAAGCGCGUGAAUAAACCGGCCAACUUUGCCGAGAUGCAGUCGCGCGUCAACUACAACCUCGGCCACUACUCGAGCAACUACGCCGUCAUCUUCACCAUGCUUUGCAUCUACGGCCUGCUCACCAACUUCUGGCUGCUCUUCGACAUCAUAUUCGUUGUCGUGGGCAUGUACCUGAUUGGCAAGCUCGACGGUCACGACUUUGAGUUCGGCCAGCAGCGCUUCUCGACGGUGCAGCUGUACACGGGGCUUUACGUGAUUGCGAUCCCGAUCGCAUUGAUCUCGGGCGUCUUCGGCACCAUGAUGUGGCUGAUCGGCGCCAGCGGCGUGGUCAUUCUCGGCCACGCUGCGCUUUUGGACAAGCCCAUCGACGAGGCUUUUUCCGGGGAGGCGGUCUAGGUGGUCGGCCGCGAGCUCCCAAAUCUGCGCCCCAAUGGGGAAGACCAUCGAGGCGCCACGGGAGGACACAGGAGGCGCGCAACGGGGAAGAGGGGAGUUGGUGGGAUUUCGGCCAGCGAGUUGUGGAGGAGCUGGAUAGCGGGGAUGACUUCGAUACACAGGGCGUUGAGGGGGCUUCGAGUGCGUUGGCCCAUCGGAU